AUGGAGGCAAAAUCUCUCGAAUAUACUAUCCCUUUUCAGUUGACGAAGACAAUCCGCCGUGAUCCAUAUAGUGCGAUAUCCCCCGAUAACAAACAGAACUCGGCCGUCGGAAAAGUCGUUCUCAUCACCGGUGGGGGUACGGGUAUUGGUGCUGCGGCAGCCGAUGUAUGGACUCGUGCAGGGGCUGAGGGCGUGACCCUUGCCGGUCGACGUAUUGAAAAGCUCGAAGAGACUGCUUCCAAAAUCCGGGCUCUGAAUCAAGGACGGACUAAAGUCCUAGUUGUGCAGACUGAUCUGGUGAAGGACAAAGAUGUGGAGAACCUAUUCUCCCAGACCUUGAAGACUUUUGGUCGAUCCCCUGAUGUAGUCCUCUCCAAUGCAGGAAUGGUCGAGACCGUUCCCAUCGGGGAGCAUUCAACAGACGCCUGGUGGAACGUACUGAGCACCAACCUGGAAGGAGUCUACGCGACAGCUCAUCACUUUAUCAAAACCCAGCCAAAUCCCGAGCAGCCCGUGGGAACAUUCAUUGCAACCAACUCUGGGCUAGCUGGGCUGGUAGCUCCAGGCUUGUCCGCCUAUGCUAUCUCCAAGCUCGCUAGUCAGCGACUGGUAGAGUUUCUCGAUACUGAGUAUCCUACUCUUCGAUCAUUCACCUUAUUCCCGGGAAUUGUGAAAACUCCUAUGCUUGUGGGACAGUUUGAAACCUAUGGCCAUGAUCACAUUGACCUGACGGGUAUGGUUUCACUAUACCUGUCUACAUCACAGGCAGAUUACUUGAAAGGUGGGCUGGCCAGCGUAAAUUGGGAUGUGGAAGAAAUGGAGGCCAGGAAAGACCAAAUUGCUAAGGAGAACUCUCUGAAGCUCAAAUGGAUUCCUAUCUUGCCCGCUAGUGGUGGUCAUGGGCUUGAUUAG